AAAUGGAAAAUGUUAAUUUAGAGCGAUGUGGGAGUGCGACCAUUUCAAAGCGACCUUCUCGCGAAAACCCCAGGGCCGGGCAAUCUGUUUCCUCACAGGGGAGAGAGAGCGAUGACGAUGGCGAUGCCCGGGAGCAUUGUCGCUGUUCUUCUCCUUAUGUUGCUUCUCAUCGUCCUCCUCCUCCUCAUUGCCUGCAAACCAUGGCGCUUCUUUUCCUAUUAUCGUUCUCGCACCAUCAAGAGUACUGACCUUGAGAGGCCCCUUGUCUCUGAUGCUGCGGAUGUCACUCAAAACCAAAUUAAUGAGCUUCCUAGAGAUUAUGAUUUGGAGGGUGCACUGCAAAGUGAUGGACAUUUCCGAUCCUCAAGAUUACACGGGCUGAUUCAUAAACAAAGACUACAGGCUCCAUCUCCCCAUUUAAGUCAGGGUGAUAGAUUGGUUCCGGAUGUAACUUGUGAUCCUUCAGGAGAUAUUUUGGUUGGUCAAACACUUAAACGUACAUACAUUACGAACCAGACUCCAGAAAUUCCAAAGCGUGCUAAACAGAUUGUUGGAAGUGAACCGCGCAGUGAAAUUGCAAGUCAAGAUGUCUCACAUGGAAGAAGUUACCUCACAUUGGAAGUUAUCUCCGGUCCUUCUCGUGGGGUGCGUUACUCUGUACGUUCCACAGACACGUCUAGGCUUCCGUUGACUCUUGGAAGGGUACCUCAUAGUGAUUUACAGCUGAAGGAUUCAGAAGUCUCAGGGAAGCAUGCCUUGAUAAAAUGGAAUUUAAAUAAUAUGAAAUGGGAGCUUGUGGACCUGGGUAGCCUUAAUGGGACCCUAUUAAAUUCUCAACCAAUCAACAAUCCUGAUUCUGGAAGUAGACAAUGGGGUGACCCAAUGGAGCUUGUAAGUGAAGAUGUUAUAACUCUUGGUACAACCUCCAAAGUGUAUGUUCAUAUUACAUCUCAGAUUGAGAGUCAGAUUCCAUUCGGAGUUGGUAUAGCUUCAGAUCCAAUGGCUUUGCGUCGAGGUGGAAAGAAGCUUGCCAUGGAAGACAUUUGCUAUUAUCAUUGGCCUCUUCCUGGGGUUGAUCAGUUUGGACUCUUUGGGAUCUGUGAUGGACAUAGUGGAGUUGGGGCCGCCAAAUCUGCUAGCGUGAUUCUGCCUGAGAAGGUUGCUACAAUUCUAUCUGAUUCACUGAAAAGGGAGAGGGUUUUAUCUCUCUGCGAUGCUUCAGAUGUUCUUAGAGAAGCUUUUUCCCAGACUGAAGCUUGCAUGAAUCACUACUAUGAGGGUUGUACUGCUACGGUGCUUCUAGUAUGGGUUGAUAGUGAUGAAAAUUAUUUUAUGCAAUGUGCGAACGUUGGGGACUCUGCUUGUGUUCUGAAUGUUCAUGGGAAACAGAUAAAGAUGACAGAAGACCACAGAAUAACUAGCCAUUCAGAAAGACUCCGAAUAGAACAAUCAGGAGAACCAUUGAAAGAUGGGGAGACACGUUUGUGUGGCUUGAGCCUUGCGAGGAUGCUCGGCGACAAGUUUCUUAAACAACAAGACCACCGUUUCAGUUCAGAACCUUAUAUAAGUGAAGUUAUCCAUGUAGAACAAGGAAGCAAAGCUUUUGCAUUGAUGGCAAGCGAUGGCUUCUGGGAUGUGAUUAGUAUGAAGAAGGCAAUUCAGCUGGCCAUUCAGGCUAGGGAGAAGCACUCCACAGGCGCGGAAAAUUCGGCCGAAAAGGUUGCCAAUUUUUUGUUGGGCGAGGCUAAAACACUGCGUACAAAAGAUAAUACUUCCAUAAUUUUCUUAGAUUUUGACGUUUCUCAUAGAAUCACUUGUAAAGUUGAGCCAUAAUAAAUUAUUAUUGUAUUGCUAAUGUUAUAGCGUAGUAGUAAUGGUUAUAUAUUUGCCUAAUUUUCUAAAGUUCCUUCUUUUGGGCAUUGCCAAACCUUAUAUAUACACUCAAUGGUAUACGCAUUGGCAAAA